ACUGCAGCAAGAAAUACAGUGUUGGUCUGACGUGAGAGCGCUGAGCUAUAGGAGGCAAUGGAAGAAGAGGCUAAUCGCAUCCCGAUUUCACUACAUUUGACAUUAUUACGAGGAAUCUAAAUGCAAGAAGACGAAACCGAGUUGUGAGUCCCGAACUUGACCGGACAAUGGAAGUAGCUCUCUGCAGCAGUUACAUCUCACCCCUGGGAGUCAACUACCGAGACACGGCGAGUACCUGCAGAAAAACAUCAGUCAGCACCGCCGGGGUAACUACAACUACGUGUGGCUUGAAAGCAACACCUCUGAUUUUGGGAUGCAUAUAAGAGAAAGCGUUAAGAAAAAAACACUGACUACGUAUGUAUAUAUUUCGUGUAACAACUGUGCAAUUCCGCUACUGAUCUAGACGUAAGGGGUAUACAACCACGUAGUAAAACCUCUUCUAAAAUUGAGACAUUCAUUAAGACGCAGAGCACAUGCAUUGCCACAUUUAUCACUGAAGGAGGCAUGUUGAAAUUGACAAAUUCCCCUUGUAACAAAAUCCAAAUGGAUCGCAUAGAAUAAACGUCGGAAAUAUCUGUGAUAUCGUAGCCUAACGUGCUGUACCCUCAACGCAACAAUAACCUGGGCUGAGUGAAAUUCCGCAAACCGCGUUUGCCGCUGUCCGUGGUCCUGAAAAAGUACUCGUUAUUUGGGUUAUCCGAAUCAAUGACGGCGGUCUAAUGAAGAGGGUUUCAUGGCCUGGGCGGUUAUGAACAUCUUGUGGUUUUCUUGUGACUCUGGAAUCUGAAAACAAAACAACAGAAGAAUUGUUCACCUUGGAGGUCCGAAAUCAUUAAAGAAAUUGGAAUUCUACUAUUGGUACUCCUGGAGCUGUAGGUAGCCCGAAUGAGACCGGCAAAAAUGUUCCGAAUAAACGCUCUCGGGAUCUAUUUGUGGGAAACAAUAGUAUUUUUCAGCUUUCUUUUUGGAGCUAUAAGUUGCUUGGCAGCCUCUAAAGAAUCCGCGGCUCGAAAAGCUGCCUCCCCGAUGCCUCCCUCUGAGUUCCUGGACAAACUCAUGGGUAAAGUUUCGGGUUACGAUGCAAGAAUCAGACCUAAUUUCAAAGUUGCAGGGGUCCCCCCGAGUGGAAGAGACCCACAAGGCCCCAAAACAGAAGCUUCUCACAAGAAAGGUCCCCCUGUAAACGUAACGUGCAACAUUUUUAUUAACAGUUUUGGGUCCAUCGCUGAAACAACAAUGGACUACAGAGUGAAUAUCUUCCUGAGGCAGCAAUGGAACGACCCCAGGCUGGCCUAUAGUGAAUACCCCGACGACUCUCUUGACCUGGACCCAUCUAUGUUGGACUCUAUCUGGAAACCUGAUUUGUUCUUCGCCAAUGAAAAAGGCGCCAAUUUCCAUGAGGUUACGACUGACAACAAGCUACUAAGGAUUUCAAAAAAUGGGAACGUAUUGUAUAGUAUUCGAAUAACACUGGUCCUGGCCUGUCCCAUGGACUUGAAGAACUUCCCAAUGGACGUACAGACCUGUAUCAUGCAGCUGGAGAGUUUCGGCUAUACGAUGAAUGAUCUCAUAUUUGAGUGGGAUGAGAAGGGAGCCGUGCAGGUCGCAGACGGGCUGACGUUACCUCAGUUUAUACUGAAAGAGGAGAAAGACCUGCGAUACUGUACCAAGCACUACAACACAGGAAAGUUCACUUGUAUUGAGGCUCGUUUCCAUCUGGAGAGGCAGAUGGGCUAUUACCUGAUUCAGAUGUACAUCCCCAGCCUUCUGAUUGUCAUUUUGUCCUGGGUGUCCUUCUGGAUCAACAUGGACGCUGCACCUGCCAGAGUGGGAUUGGGCAUUACCACCGUGCUCACUAUGACCACCCAGAGCUCCGGCUCCCGAGCCUCCCUCCCCAAGGUGUCGUAUGUGAAAGCCAUUGACAUCUGGAUGGCCGUGUGCCUCCUGUUUGUCUUCUCGGCCCUGCUUGAGUACGCUGCUGUGAACUUCAUCGCUCGGCAACACAAGGAACUGCUGCGCUUCAGGAGGAGAAGGAGACACAUGAAGGAGGAUGAGGGCGGUGAGGGCCGGUUCAGCUUCACCGCCUAUGGCAUGGGCCCAGCCUGCCUGCAGGCCAAAGACGGCAUGGCCAUCAAAGGGAACAACAACAACGCCCCGACCGCCACUGCCGGCCCUCAGGAGAAAACGGUGGAAGAGAUGCGCAAGCUCUUCAUCGGCCGCGCGAAGAGGAUCGACACGGUCUCUCGCGUGGCUUUCCCGCUAGUCUUCCUCAUUUUUAAUAUUUUCUACUGGCUCGUAUACAAGAUCAUCCGAAGCACGGAUGUACACCAGAUGACGUAAGCAAGGGAAGAGAGAGAGUUCAAUACCACACCAUCCUUCUCCCAAACCCAAUACUCCUCGCUCUUCACUUGCUCACUUGCUUUUGGUGGCUAUCGCCUUGGCAAAGGUUAUUUAUCAAUAUUUGUUAUUUUAUUUUAUACCCGCCCCCCCUCUUUUCAACCUGAAUAAUCCGGACCAGUGCAAUAGCAAUGCAGUAAAAUGCAUGAUAUAUGAAUGUGGCAAAAUAUUUACAAAAGGAUAAAUCAGUAAAUGUUACGACUUUUACCGAUACAUCUGGGAAUUUAUGAUAACUGAGAAUUUAGAAAGAAAGAGAUGUUCUUCUAAGAAGUGUUAGUUUUAUUUUCGCAACUCAAAGAAGACAGACACUGCAUUCUAAAGAAGAAGAAGAAGAAGUUGGGGAAACACACAGCACUGUAAUAUAGUAUAUAUCUAUCAUCUAUUUAAAAACUGUUAUUUCUCUCGAAAGGCAGAUGUCUGGAUGGAACACGAGGGAUGGAUUUUUAAAAGGAUACUAAGACGAUUUUAGUGUUUCCGUUAAUAAAGUGUCGCAAGGAUCGUGUGUCCUAUAUAUCUCAAUUAGCUUCAAUGUGUGUUGCAAGCACUUAUCAACGCUCCCUGAGCCCUCAACGAAAAACUGAGAUUUCAACUGAGAUGUGGUUGAUGCUGCUAUCAACUAAAUGAAGGAAGCUUCAUGAGUCAAAAUAAUAUUCUGUUGUUUCUAACCGCUGUGGUCAACGUGUUCUCUGUCUGCCCUUAACUUUAUUUAUUAAUGUCAACGUGUUCCUCUGUCGGCCCUUAACUUUAUUUAUUAAUGUCAACGUGUUCCUCUGUCUGCCCUUAACUUUAUUUAUUAAUGUCAACGUGUUCCUCUGUCGGCCCUUAACUUUAUUUAUUAAUGUCAACGUGUUCCUCUGUCUGCCCUUAACUUUAUUUAUUAAUGUCAACGUGUUCCUCUGUCUGCCCUUAACUUUAUUUAUUAAUGUCAACGUGUUCCUCUGUCUGCCCUUAACUUUAUUUAUUAAUGUCAACGUGUUCCUCUGUCUGCCCUUAACUUUAUUUAUUAAUGUCAACGUGUUCCUCUGUCGGCCCUUAACUUUAUUUCUCAAUUGCAUAUCGUUUUUAAUUUUCGUGUCAAGUAUAUAUCAUGUAAUCAGCUCAAGCUCUUCUUGGGAACUCUAAAUUCUAAAGGGACAUUUGCCAUCAUUCACAUAUCCUCAUUGUUGCAUUCAUUCAUUCAUUUAUCCAUGUGCUUUUUUUUAAGGAUUUGGUACUUAAAUCAAAAUAUGAUUCAUUAAAAGUGAAUCUACACUGGAAAAAAAUAAUAAUAAUUUAAUCCUGAUUCUUCCUACUCAUUUCAUUGAAGCUGUACUGUUAACAUUUGUUUACGUUAUUUUCACAGUUUAUUACCCAGUUACGGUAAGAUACCCAGCAGGCAAUGGAGAAAAAUGUAGUGAGUUAAGAUUAAAACAAGAAAACACCUACUGUACCUUAACAAUUAUUACCAUUAAUAUAUUUACACACAUUAAUAAUGUAGCUAAAAAAAAACAUAUGCAUUAUAAUCAUCAUUUACUAAAUAUGCCUGAAAGAUAUUCACUCAAAAUCAUGGUAAAUAGUUUGAUACCUUAACAACAACGAUCGGCACAAUGUUCUCAUUUGCGUGUAAUGCCGCACAUGUAAUAGUUCACAAUACUACAGUAUACUGUGAAACUGAUUGAUUAAUACAUUCAUUCAACUAGUCCGUGGCUUGAUUUAAGAUACUGAAAUCCAUUACUUCUCACCAGGCUUUUCUAUGCAAUAAUUAAUAUAUGCAAUUAUUUUUUUUAAAUUAGCUUUACCAUUUACAAAACAUUAUCAUGAAUCGGUUUGAACUUGUGAGCCAUCCAUUUUUUUUUUAAUUUAAGACAUCACAGAUCACAGUGCUCAUCUUUCCAAUGGUGGACAUACAUACCAACACACACGAGGCCUUCAGAUCUACACCCUUAAGCAUAAUGUAAACUAUUCACCCUCCUCCUAGGACCAUUGUUCUCCACACAUUUACAUUCAACUACAAACGGGCCAAGCUACAGUGGCUUUUCAUAUUGCAUAUUUAAGACUCUCUGCUCUCUGUAGCCCCACCUCUGGGACAUUGUUUAGCUAGCCUAAAGUGCUGUCACCAAGACCCAGAAAUAAAGACUACACUACUGCUACCACAGGAAGUAUGGCCUGCGACACAUCAUCAUGGAUGGGAGACUCGGACACAGUUUAAAUAAACACUGGUCGAGUGAGUUUUUGCAUUUAACUUUAAUGCCAAAUGUUAUUUUCCUCUACUUGGUUUUUAUUCCAAACCAAAUAAGUAUUUUGUUAACCUAUGAUCAUUGCCUUCCUGGUUCGGUUUUGAAUAUGAUGACGUAAGGGGAAAGAUGCCAGAAUACCUUUGCAACAGAUAUUAUGCACUGGUUCAGGAUAUUGUUUAGGUUUUGUUGUCGUAACUUUAGAUUGAUUCAGUUCUUUCCAUUGACUUCCCAGUGUGUGGAUAAAGUGCUUCCAUUUCUUUUUGUGGUAAUAUGAUGCUAUUCAAUUAACAAUAUUAUAUAUUUUGAUAUGAAACGUUUUCUCUGCUUCUUCAUCCCUGUUCUUUCUUCUUCUUCUUGAAAAGUGUGAUCCAUUACUUCAACAGGUCAUAGAUUUAACAUAGAUCCAUUACUUCAACAGGUCAUAGAUUUUCCGAAUGUGUUAAUGAUAGUUUGAGGUAGUUUGAUGUUUGAGGCUUGAUGGACUUGCACAAGAGAUUAUAACAAUAUUUUACAUUUCGGUCAAUUAUUUCUUAAAUUCUUAUUAUCUUCCAGUAAUUCAUAUUUACCUUCCAGUUGAGGCUGUAUUUGUCAAAAGAUGUGUGUGUGUUUUUAACAGACACAGUCCAUGUGGGUAAAUUGAUUUGAAGGUCUAUGUUUUUGCAUUAGUGUUAUUUCAUCACAGAAAAUUAACUUUUCUACAUGGGGUAUACUUAUGUAAUUUAUAAUGUUAUGCUUUACCCAAAACUAUGCAUUUAUAAAAGUUCAUUGUUAGAAUAGGGUUAAAACAUAAAGGGCCUUUUAAAAUAUCAGCACAGUAAUCAAUAUGUUUUGAAAGUGCUGAAUGAUUUGUUGAUAGAUACAGUAUUUAUUUGUUGGCUGUAAUACUUCAGUACAGAAUUUGACCAUGAAUCUUUCUUCAGUUUUGACUUCCUCAGACAAAACUAUCCAUUAAAUAAGAUGCUAUCCAAUGUUGAAUAUGCAACAAACUAGGAACUAGUCAUAUCAUGUACCUCCACUCAACCAUCAUGAUAUUCACUCAUCCAUUCAAUAGUUAUGGAUUGAACUCUAUGCCCUGACCAUGUGAAGGAUCACUGCACUUGGGACAAUGCUAUAUAGAUUUAUUGUAACCAAAUGCUUAUUAAGGUGCAUUAUUACUAGCGCCCUGUCCAGGGUGUGUACUUGUACAUCAAGCUGCCUCAUGCUACAGAAACAGGAGAUAGGCUCCAGGGUUGGGGUCAAUUCCAAUUUAAAUUGAAUUUUAAUUCAAUUCAGAAUCGAGCUGGAAUUAGAAUUGAAUACAUGGGAAAUGAAUAGGCAGAAAGAAUUGAAUUGGAAUUGAAUUUCUGGAAUUUACCCUGACCCUGAUAGGCUCCUGCCCUACGGGACAAGGGGCAGGGGCUCGGACAAGGCUUACUUUGUUUAUUAUGUUAUUCAAGAUGGAAAUGACACUUAAUGCUCUGAAUAGACAACUUCAACAAGGUCUAAUGUAUUCUAGAACACUGACACAUUCUACAACAAGAAUUGUAUGUUUAACUUAAUUGCUCAGCAGAUCAAUGUUCAAAGUAUGGAAGUGGUAGGAAUGUUCACUGAUGGAGAAACCCUCCAUUGAACAGAUAGGACUUCCUCCCCUUCAUAUCAACCUGACCUAUCAUAAUGCCAAAUAUUAUUGACAAUGAAGGAAGUUCAUAUAAUAUUUGGCAUAUAGGACAGUGCAAUAUGAACAUUUUAAAAGUAUGAAAUUCAACUAGCAUGUUAUGAUUUGUUAGUAAUUGCUGAUAACAACAGCUGUUUGAUUCUGUUUAUUGUCUUUUGAAUAUAUCAGAUGCCCUGGUUGUGGUGAUGCACUCACCACCCAGUGAUAGAGAUGGACACAAAUAACCAGUCAUGAACUGAACUGUACACAAAAAUAGAAACAUUUCUAUUUAUGUCUUUUUAUUCAUUUUUAGCACACAAGUUGGAAUGGCCUUAAUUUAGUUUUACUUGCUUAAAUAUUGUGUAUUGGCACAAAGUGCACAUCUUGAUUUGCUAAUUACAGUUAUGAUAAUAAUCCAAGAGUGCACUUCAGAAGAAGGAAAAAAGUUCAGCAAAUCCUUUUUUUUUAUUUGAUUAAAAUGUGAAAACACUGAAUAUUUUGCAUGAAUAUAAACACAAUGGCAGAUAUUUUUGGCUUGUACAAAAAUGUUAGCAAUUUGAAAGAAAAAAAAAGGAAUGUACAAUUUCUGCUGUAACUGUAUAUAACUAAAUAUUUAUUGAAAUAUGUCAUUAUAAGUAAUUCUAAUUACAAUUAAAGGUUUUCUGAACAAAAAUCUCUUUGACCUUUUUUUUUAAAGAA